AGUGGUGAUCAUGAGAUCGCAAAUAAUAAUAGACCUAUAUCGUUAUUGCCAGUGCUAUCAAAGAUUUACGAAUGGUUAUCGUCUACACAAAGUGGAAACAAGCAUCUACAAUCAACAGAAACCUCGGUAAUUCAGACUACAGACAUGUUCUUGAAUACCACUGAAAAGAAACAGGUAACUGCGAGUGUAUUACUCGAUAUGAGAAAAGCAUUCAAUAGCAUAGAUACCACGACUCUGGUUACUAAGUUAGAAGAUGUUGGCACAUCUUGUCAGGCAAUAAAAUGGUUCCAAUACUACCUAAAAUCCAGGUAUCAAGUAAUAAGAAUACAAACAACCUUAUCCUAG